AUCAUUCAUCAUCGUCGAAUAUUAUUAAGAUAUCCAGAAACAAUGACGGAUCACGCAAGUGAACCGUUGUUAUAGAGAAAUACGAGCGGCUGUUAUAUUAAUAAUUCAAGGUAGUGUUGUGAUUAAUAAAUAUAGAAAUGCAAUAUUAACGAGAUAAUUGAAUAUUCACGAAGAGUAUCGGCGCAAGACCCGUCGAAUGUUGCAUUGAGAAUGUUUCCCUGAGAGAUAAUUCUGUACGAUGAAUCGAGCUUGUUUCUUGUUGUUUUUAACGGUGCAAUUAACUGCUACUUCGUCCGCUAAUGAAAAUGACAUUAUCCGUGAUUACUUCGCAUUCAAAAAAGUGGAAAGAAUCGUGGGUUUCUCUUGCGACAACAUGGAAAAUGAUUUUAAACUCGCGAAAACGUUUAACAACAUGUAUACUACAUACAUUUCGAUGUUGAAUUCCGCGGUUGAAUCGCGUUUGGAUGUCAGGAAGGUUUUAAGAGCGGAGUAUCAUCGUUUGGGUAUUUUCUUGGAUUGUCGAUGCGAUCGUAGGCGAUACACUAGAAUUCUCGUAGAUGCAACAAAGUAUUCUAUGUACGAUGAAAUGCACAAAUGGUUGAUCUUUGGCUCAAAUCUGAGUCACAUAAUGGAAAUACUAAACGACGACGCGUUUACUAUCUCCACUGACGUUAUACUCGCUGUUCCAUCAGCGAGUAAUUAUCUAUUAUACGAUGUGUAUAAUCCGUGUAAAGAUCGAGGGGGAUCGAUGAAUGUUACGUACUUUGGAACGUGGAACAGUGAAUCAGGAUUAGACGUUACCCUGAGACAACCGAAAAUUCAAAGGAGAUCGAAUCUUCAUGGAAUUAAACUUAAAGUUGGAUUUAUAAACAUAUAUUUACAGGUUAAUUUGAAACCAGAAAAUAUGUCACUUCACGAUAUGAUGCUACAAUACAAUAUGAAAACGAAGUUUGGCCGAUCGAAAUUUUUAUACAUGCUCCUCCUGCAUCUUGCCGAUCUUUUCAAUUUCACUACGGAGAUUGUUCAAAUAAACCCGCAAAGGAGAUUGGAUAAUUCUGGACCUGUUUUCGAUGCCUUUAAAAAGAAUCUUAUCGAUUUCUCGGCAAGUCCAGUUGCUAUGAAGGCUGAUAGAUUGGACAACGGAGAUAUAGUUGGGCCAGUCUGGCCAAUACGAUCGUGUUUUAUGUUUCGUACGAUCUCGUCGAUGAAAAUGAAACCGGGCCAAUUUUUGAAACCAUUGUCAGUGAAGGUGUGGUACGUGAUACUAGCGAUGAUAGGAAUCGUGACGACUGUCCUAAUUAUUUUUCUACGAAUAGAAGGCAUUCGGAAUCCUGCGGAGAUUUAUGGCCUCUCUGUUUUGCUCACAAUAGGAGCUUUGUCGCAGCAAGGUUCUGCGUUCGUUCCAUCUCGUUGCGCGAGUCGAAUGGCGUUUCUGCAAAUUCUAUUCUUCAGUUUGUUAAUUCUGAAUUACUACUCGGCGAGCGUGGUGUCGAAUCGUUUGAAAAAUAAGGGCGAGAAGAUGAACGAUUCUUUGAUUAAUUUAUCGAAAAGCAAUAUGAAACUCGCGAUGGAAUCGACGCCGUACAUUCGAUCUUUUCUUCAGGUGCCAGACAGGGAAGUGAGAUACUUCUACGACCAUCGUUGGACGAAAAUACCAGCGUCGCAGAGAUACUUGCCCUUAAACGAGGGACUUAAUCGCGUGGCGGAGGGCCGUUUGGCUUAUCACACGAUGAUCGAUUCCGCUUAUCCGUACAUCGAGCAGACGUUCAAUUACCGAAGUAUCUGCGAGCUCACGGAGGUUCACUUGUUCCGCACUGUUCUGGCAUUUUACGCCCGACACCGGAGCCCUUUCACUAAAUUGAUGAAAGUAGGUUUGACUAAAAUUCGUAACGUUGGCAUCCAAGAACGCGAACUGAAACGAUGGGCUGCUAGAAAGCCCUUCUGUCCACACACUCUACUUAUCGCCGAGCCUCUGUCGAUUCACGAAUCUCUACCGAUUUUCGUGUUCUUGGGUAUCUCUGUUGGCCUGUCGAUCCUUAUUUGCAUCAUUGAGAAUAUCAUCUAUCGCAUUUCUCCGACACGAUCCUCAAGUUCAGUGAUAGAAAAACGGCGUCUCAUCAGAAGAACCCUACACCUUCCAUCUUUGAAAGACAUAAAUCUACAAGCCCUAAAAAGAUUCAAAGUUUUCAGAGAAUAG